AUGAGCUCUAGGGCGCUGAACUGGCCGCGGACCAAGUCCGCGCUGCUGAAGCAGCAGCAGCAGCAUCAGGUGUCCCUCUGCAAUGGACAGCCGGCAGCAAAAAUUGACUACCACUCUCGUCGCCCUCUCUCGUCCUCCGCCGAUCGGCCGAUCAACCAGGGCGCCGACUUUUCUUCCACCAGCCAAAGCUAUGAUCGUUUAGGCCGUCGGGCGAAGGAAAAAUUGCUGGACCGUGAAUUCUUCCUCAGUCUGCUGAACUCGGCGUCCACCAAGCGGGAAGCCAAAUCGUAUUUGUCUCGUCUGAAAGCCCAGCACUCUCCAACCCCACCGCCUCAACCGACCAUCGAACAAAGCAAGGAGACCACGGCUCUGUCGUCGCCGUCGGGUGUCAAUCUGGGAUCGUUCUAUGGUGCUUCGCGCUCGGUCUACGACAGUCCGGUCUUCAGACAUGACUCAACUCCGACCCCUCCCCCGCAGGAUAUACCGGAGAUGCGACUCCAUCUGGCCUUGAUCACACUCAAGGCGCCUCAGCGGCUGGAUGACUUGGUUGUCAACGGAGUGGCUAAGACAUUGGCGCAACUGAAUCGCCUUGGCAUGGCCUGCUGCGUCGUGGUCGACCCGGGGACCAUGGACGAUGGGAAUGCGUCGCGAAAGAUCGCUGCCGACCAAGCAGACCGCAUCGCUUCUGCAGUCGAUGCACAGCCGGAUUCCAAAUCUACCCACCUAGAUUCGGUUUUGACUCUUCCCUCCAAGACACCGGACACCCCGACGGUCUUAUCGCGGAAGGCCCUUUUGAACCCUCUGCGGGAUGGCCACAUUGUCAUUAUCGCCCCGAUUGCCUACACGGAGGAUGUUCCUCGAGCGGUGACUUUGUCGGGUGAGGAGACUCUCCUGGCCCUGACGAAAGAGUUUGCCGGCCUGGCAAGCAUCCCUCAUCCCGAUGAAGACCCCUGGCUUACGGCCCAGAAUAUCAAAAGGUUACAGCAGGAGGUCUCGUUAGAUCGAGUGAUUCUACUGGAUCCUCAUGGAGGGAUCCCCGCUUACAGUGGCCCGCAGACCUCCCAUGUUUUUAUCAACAUGGAGCAGGAAUUCGACGACAUUGAAGCCCAGCUACUUCAAGCCCAGCGGGCGGCGGCAACGGGGCAUGUCUCUCCCCGGGCGGAGUUCCUAGACGGCGUCAGCAAACGCACUCCAAUCCGAGGCAGUCUUGUUGACGACCACCUGCAUAAUUUGCGUCUAUCACAGAAGGCUCUUGCUAUGCUACCCUCGGCAUCGUCUGGAAUCAUCACUUCCCCGGCUGAAGUUGCCAAUUCAGCCCGAUCGCCACAGGCCGCACCGAACUUGUCGGCGGUCGGCACUCGGCGACAAAGGAACCCGCUAAUCCAUAGCCUACUCACGGACAAGCCCUUACUAUCCUCUUCUCUGCCGAUGAGCAGACGUGAAGCGAUCAGUGGCGGACGGGGAAGCAUUUUCACGCCCAGUCUACACACGACGUUUGUUAAGCGAGGCAUGCCACUUACCAUGAUUCCCGACCCGCGAACUGUGGUGUGGACAGCCCAGAAUCGCCCUCGAUUGAGCCUGGAGGACCCCAGCAUCGAUCUGCCACGUCUGGUGCGCCUUAUCGAAGAUUCCUUCAACCGCAAGCUCGAUGUCCAGGACUACCUGAACCGGGUCAACGACCGACUUGCCGGAUUGAUCAUCGCCGGAGAAUACGAAGGGGGUGCUAUCUUGACCUGGGAGCUUCCCCCAGGCGUUGAGGACGACGGAAGUGAGGCGAGCCAGGCUCGCAUGGUUCCUUACCUCGACAAAUUUGCCGUUCUGAAGCGCAGCCAAGGGGCGGGAGGCGUGGCGGACGUUGUGUUCAAUGCCAUGGUACGCACAUGCUUUCCUCAGGGGGUGUGCUGGCGCAGCCGCAAGGACAACCCGGUGAACAAGUGGUAUUUCGAGCGCUCCGAGGGAACGUGGAAGCUGUCCGACACCAACUGGACCAUGUUCUGGACCACCCCAGGCCUGCCGGAGAAUUCGCAACGCUUCCGCGACUACGAGGGCGUGUGUCGAACCAUCCAGCCCAGCUGGGCCGACGAUACCGGAGUGAUCGAUUGA